CUACCCAAAACAACAUCCAAUAAGAAACCAGAAGCUUACCACUAAAACUAAUAGUACUACUUUUAACCAAACAAAAAACUCUGCAAAUAUUUGCCGCUAUUUAUGGUUGCCGUUGCUCCGGUCGAAACAUUUUUCGACAUGCUACUUGUUAAACCCUACCGGAGGACCCUCCAUAGCUCAACCUCCGACACCCUUUUUGUCGAAAGAGCUGUAUCCAUUCUCAAACGCAACGACCCUAUUUCCUUGAACUCCAUUUCUUCCCAAUUUACCCCUCAAAAUGCUUCUUCCCUCCUUUUCCAAUGCCAGUUCGAUAAACCCCUCGUUCUAAAAUUCAUCAACUGGGCACGUAACCGCCAUUUCUUCAACCUUAAUUGCAAAUGUAUUUCCGCUCAUAUCCUUACUCGUUUCAAGCUCUACAAAACUGCACAAUCCCUUGCGGAGAAUGUGGCGAAAUUCGGCGAUAACAAGGAUAAUUCGGUCUUUUUCUGUCUCAGGGAUACUUACCAUUCUUGUAGGUCUAGUUCUGCUGUGUUUGACUUGAUGGUAAAAUCUUACUCUCACUUGAAAAUGAUUGAUAGAGCUAUGGAUAUAUUUGAAUUAGCUAAGUCUAAUGGGUUUAUGCUCAAUGUUUUGUCGUAUAAUUCGAUUCUUGAUGCGUUGAUCAGGAAUUCGUGUAAUGGGUCUUUUGAAUUAGCUCAAAAGUUUUAUGAUGAUAUGGUUAAAUUUGGGGUUUCACCUAAUGUGUAUACUUAUAAUAUUAUGAUCCGAGGGCAUUGUGGAAGAGGGGAUAUGCGAAAGGGUUUGGUUGUUUUCGAUGAAAUGGAAAAAAGUGGUUGCUUGCGAAAUGUGGUAACGUAUAACACUAUAAUAGGUGGUUAUUGUAAGAUAGGUAAGGUUGAUGAGGCAGUUGAAUUGUUGAAACUAAUGCAAGUGAGGAACUUGGAUCCGAGUGUGGUGACAUAUAAUGCUAUUAUUAAUGGGUUGUGUCGAGAAGGAAGGAUGGAAAAGACGUGUGAGAUUUUGGAAGAGAUGAGGGAAAAGGGUUUAAUGCCUGAUGAGGUGACGUAUAACACACUGGUAAAUGGCUAUUGUAGAGAGGGUAAUUUUCACCAAGCACUUGUUUUGCACUCGGAAAUGUUAAGGAAUGGGUUGUCUCCAGAUGUUGUAACUUAUACUUCUCUGAUUAAUAGCAUGUGCAAGACUGGGAAUUUGCACCGCGCAAUUGAAUUUUUUGAUCAAUUGCGUGCUAGGGGAUUAUAUCCCAACGACAGAACAUACACAACAUUGAUUGUUGGCUUUUCUCAGCAGGGUUUUAUGAAUGAGGCUUAUAAGCUUUUGAAUGAAAUGAUUUCAAACGGCUUUUCCCCUUCAAUUGUAACCUACAAUGCCUUAAUUAAUGGGCACUGUGCAGUGGGAAGGAUGGAAGAUGCUUUACGUGUGACUCAGGAGAUGGAACAGAGAAGACUGGUUCCAGAUGUUGUAACUUAUAGUUCAAUAGUAUCUGGGUUUUGUAGAAACCGUGAUAUGGAAAGAGCAUUCUCUGUUAAGCAACAGAUGGUUGAAAAAGGGGUUUUACCUGAUGUUAUUACUUAUUCAUCCCUUAUUCAAGGUCUUUGUGCGCAGCAAAGCCUAACUGAAGCUUGUGAACUUUUCCAAGAGAUGUUGAGAGAAGGUCUGCAACCUGAUAAGUUUACAUAUACUACACUUAUUGGUGCAUACUGUGCAAAUGGGGAUAUUAAGGGUGCUUUUCACCUGCAUCACGAAAUGAUCCAUAAGGGCUUCUUUCCUGAUGUCGUCACUUACAAUGUCCUAAUCAAUGGGCUUAACAAGCAAGCUCGCACUCCGGAAGCAAAGCGGCUUCUGUUCAAGUUGUUGUAUGAGCAAUCAGUGCCAAAUAGUGUCACUUAUGACAUGUUGAUAGAAAGUUGCAAAGAUCAUGAAUUUAAGAGUGCGUUAGAUCUUAUUAAAGGAUUCUGCAUGAAAGGUUUGUUGAAUGAAGCUGACCGAGUUUUUGAGUUGAUGCUGCAAAAACACAAGAAUAAGCCGAGUGAAGUAGCUUAUAACCUACUUAUACAUGGUCAUUCCAGGGGUGGGAAUUUGCAUAGAGCCUUGAAUCUUUACCGAGAAAUGGUUAGUCUUGGAUUUGUUCCUCAUACAGUAAGCAUUAUUGUGCUGAUGAAAGAACUUUUUAAAGAAGGGAUGAGUGAUGAAUUAAAUCAAUUAAUUCGAAGCACAUUGGAAACCUGUAAACUUGCUGAUGGUGAGGUAGCAAAAGUUAUUGUUGAGGUGAACUUCAAGGAGGGAAAUAUGGAUGCAGUAUUCAAUGCACUUACUGAUAUGGCCAAGGAUGGUCUGCUUCCAAAUAGUGGGAAAACCGCUUUUUGUUACAUGCCACAAUAAAGUACUUAUCAUCUAAAAUAAUCACACAACUGUUUCCAUGUAUGAGGUAGAGUACAUCAAGCAAGCAGGAAACUGAGUUGCAACAAAUUGUUUCCCCUCAUUUAGAUUUCUCAUGCAUAGUGAAUAUGGGAGAGCUAGAUUAUGAGCAACAUUCUUUUGAGAAGGUUAAAGUCCCACUUUGCUUGGAAAAUGUAUAACCUUCCACAUGCUAGAAGGUCAGAUAUUGAACUCCUUGUAUCUUUGGACUAAAUACAUACCUCAAUUUGUCAAUA